GAAUGCAACACAGGACUGUCAUGGCGUCUCCCUUGCCAGAGGUGUGUUGGUGCAGAAAGUAGCCGCUGUCAUUCUCACGUUUGUCCCGCAAACACAGACACUAGCUCCCACUGAGGACGAUUUUUGGGAGCGGUACUCACCAUGGGGGCUGUCCAUGCUAAGAGUCUGGAUACUCUGCCGAUGCAUGGCCGUGACUUGGGCGUCAACCCUGAAGACUUGAUGGAGUCUCCAGAACCAGAGCAGGAGGCCAAGCAGGAGAUCCUCGAGAACAAAGAUGUGGUGGUCCAACAUGUCAACAUUCAAGGUCUUGGAAGAACUAAAGAGGAUCUGCUCGGCUAUGAGAUCUCUGAUGUCUUCCUCGCCAAAAACCUCAUUGACGUGAUGAAAAAGGCUCACGUUGCCAGACAGAAACUGCUGCGCCUGGGAAUCUUCAAAGAUGUGGAAGUUCUCAUUGAUACAUCUGAAGGUACGGACGCUCUGCCCAACGGUCUAGAUGUAACUUUUGAGGUGACGGAGGUGAAGAGACUGUCAGGAAGCUACAACACUAUGGUUGGCAACAAUGAAGGAAGUAUGGUGUUGGGUCUGAAACUACCCAACAUGUUCGGUCGUGCUGAGAAACUCACCUUCCAGUUCUCGUACGGGACCAAGGAGACGUCCUACGGCCUGUCCUUCUUCAAGCCCCAGCCUGGAAACUUUGAACGCAACCUCAUUCUCAACAUGUACAAAGUCACUGGUCAGUUCCCAUGGAGCUCCUUAAAAGAGACUGACAGAGGCCUGUCAUCAGAACUCAACUUUCCUCUCGGAGUAACCCACCACACGCUGAAAUGGGAGGGUGUAUGGAGGGAGCUGGGCUGCCUGGCACGCAGCGCUUCCUUUGCCGUGCGGGAGGAGAGUGGACACUCUCUGAAGUCUGCCCUAUCGCACACUGUUUCAAUUGAUUCAAGGAAUUCGGCCAUUUUCCCCAGCAGAGGUGCCUUACUCCGGAUCAACCAGGAGCUGGCUGGCUACACAGGAGGAGAUGCCAGCUUCUUGAAAGAGGAUUUUGAGCUGCAGCUCAACAGACGGCUCUUCUGGGACUCGGUCUUAUCUGCUUCUCUCUGGGGGGGCAUGCUGUUUCCCAUUGGAGGACAACAGUCCUGUAUCGCUGACAGAUUCUACCUUGGAGGUCCCACCAGUGUACGAGGUUUUGGGAUGUACAGCAUUGGGCCUCAAAGUGAAGGUGAUUACCUGGGUGGAGAUGCGUACUGGGCAGGUGGCCUGCAUCUCUACACCCCUCUGCCCUUCAGACCAGGCAAGGGUGGAUUCGGAGACCUGUUCAGGACCCAUUUCUUUCUCAAUGCUGGCAACCUCUGUAACCUUAACUAUGGUGAUGGUCCUCGGGCACACCUGCAGAAGUUAGCUGAGUGUAUCCGCUGGUCAUACGGAGCAGGUAUCGUGCUGCGACUGGGAAACAUCGCCAGACUGGAGCUCAACUACUGUGUGCCCAUGGGAGUUCAGAGUGGAGACAGGAUAUGUGACGGCGUCCAAUUCGGAGCAGGAAUCCGCUUCCUGUAGCCUCCUCUCUCCACUCAUCUUGGCCGUCCACAGCGAAGGUUGUGCUGGGAAAAGGGAGAAUGUAAUUUUGCUGUUUGGUCAAGUGUAACUUGUAGAUUAUGUAACACUAUUAUGACUCCUGGGGAAACAUGCUUGAGCCCCUACAUCCCUCCUUUGAUAUGAACCUAGGGUCCAGUUGCGGGGCCACACAAUCAAGAACCUUUCUACAACCUGAAAAUGCUUUUUACUUAUGGUAAAGCUGAAGUUCUUCCUUCUUAACUUCUUCCUUAAGUUCCAGCAGGCUGUACACUAAAGCAUGCUAGCAACAGCAUUUUGAAGUCCAAAAUCACAGUUUGAAUUUCGUAAAUGUAUAGCAUAAUAAUUAUGUAUGUGAGUGCAAAUACACUCAUGGUGCAUAUUUUUAAAAAACUGACACACAUCAGCACCUUUGGUCUUGAGUGUUCUUUGGCACGUUGUCUGUGGAAAAGUCACCUACCAGUGUUUCCACCCAUAGUUCUUUUUUUCAAUGUAUCGAGAGAUUUGUGGGCAUGUUCCUCAGCUGCCUCCCCAGGACAGCAUCGUAUCCCGCUGCACGACUUGAGAGCUUAAUGCACGACACAUUCUCGUGACUUUGACUUCAGUCCAGUGGCGCAGUGUGACUAAAUGAUUGCAGUAGCAGACAGAGAAUGAAGAGUUGACGCUUAUGCCAAAGUGGAUCGUUCAAGAAUACACCCCACCCCAACAACAUCUACCACCAGUCCUCUUACCUUUAGUCCUCUUUUUGAUGUUGCUGAGGCUCUUGCCAAAAAUAAAUCUCAGUUGCUCCCCUGGUU